GACAGUCAUGGGCCGAUCUCUUGCCUUGCGCAGUCAUGAUGGGCCAAGUCGUUCCGUCCGCCUCUGUUGUGCGUGCGUUGUGAGACGCAGGAGGGUAUAUAGUUCGCACCCCGCUUCCUAAUUCUCUAGAUCCCAUCAGCAGCACUCAGUUCAUCGAUUCACAUACAAUUCCUCGAUCUCCAGCACACCCUCCGCACACAUCUUAUCUUACUUAAGCCUAUACUAUCCUACCUCUACCACAACCUUAACUACACAUCUACAACAAUGUCUGCCAUGACUGAGUCCCGCCAACAAGUCUACGUCUCCGACGGCUUCUCAGAGCCCAUGAGCGCUCAGCACAACUUUGCCAACCAUUUCGACCUCAACGACCCCGACCGGGCCAUGACCGACUACCAGAGGAUCAUGCACGAGCACACUAAGCGCCAGCUCACUACCGCUACCGACUCUGCUCGUCGACGAAGCGGGGCUUCAUCUUCCGACUCCGUCAGCUCCACCAGCUCAUAACAAUCAUUUUGAUUGUAUAUUGCACAACCAUCUUCACUUCAAGCGUCCGAGACGCUAUUUGUAUUAGCGAUGCAUGGUUAAAGAUCACAUUUUGAUCUACCUUUAUUUACGAGAGAGCCUGGCGUUUGGGAUUCUAUAUAUGGCUUUCGCCAAUGGCAUGCACGGCACGGUGUUGGAUCGAUUCAAUGAU